CCAACGCUUGCUCAACUGAUCUUCGCUACCGUCGCUUCAGCAUCAGCGAUGGAACCUAUGGAUAUUGACGACGAGCCCGGCUUGUCGCGGCUGACGCCAGAGCUCAUCCGCCUCAUCGCCAUCUCGUUGGACCCCACUUUCAACGCGCUCAGCUUCAAGCUUGCAAGCAAGGCAACAGCGGCUAGCCUUCGCGAGCAGUAUUACACGGUUGAGCUCGCGCGCGAGCCGCGACGCCAAUUUAGCGUUGUUCUGCACUCGCCCACGGACUCGCAUCUCUACGAGCCCGCCUUGGCGCACCCCGCCUGGCCGGGGCCUGACUUCGUGGCGCACUGGGGCCGCCCCGAACCCUGGCGGUCCCUCAAUCGUCGCGAGCGCCACCGGCUGCUGUGCCUGGCCGCGUCCUGCCACCACGUACCCAGCCUUGACGCGGCGCUGGCGCACUGCGGCACCGUGAUUAAGGCGGAUGCGCUGGCGUCGGCCGCGGCGGCCGGCGACCUGCAAACCUGCCAGCGGCUGCUGCUGGGGGAGGGCUGCCACUGGCAGGGGAACGUGGUGGUGACGGCCGCGGCGCGUGCGGGCCACAUACACAUGUGCGAUUGGCUUGCACGCCUGCAAGCCAGCGAGGUCGGCGGCACGCGCAACCUCCGCCACAUAGCACUGGCCGCGUGCUUCUGCGGCCAGCGCGCCGUUUUCGAGUGGGCGCGGGCCGAGUGCGAGCGCAUCGGGCCGGUGGUGCGGGAGGCGGUGAAGUGGGCCACCGCCGCCGCCGAGGGCGGUCACAUCGGCCUGCUGCAGGAGCUGGUGGAGGCGCGCGCGACGGAUAUGGAGGCGCGCGACCAGCCGCAGACGCUUGGCGGCGUGGCGUACGGCUGCUCGCUGGAGGUGCUGCAGGUCUACUACGCCCGCUGGGGUGCGGAGUGCGCGGCCGGCAGCCGACACAAGCGGCAGCUGCUGCUGCGUGCCCUGGCCAGCCCCACGCCCGACUGGGCCGCAAAGUGCGACUGGCUGCUGCUCCAGUGGGCGGCGGUGACGGGGUGGCCGGGUGCCGAGGAGCGGGAGCUGGGUGGCGGCACGUUUGAGGGCUGGAUGCACGCCGCCUGGCAGCCCGACUACCUACAGCGGCUGCUGCUGCUGGCGGGGCACGGCUUCGGGCUGUGCCUCAACGCCGCAGAGGCCGCCGCCGCGGCAGGCAACGUGCCCGCCGCCGCGUAUUGUCUGGACCAGCAGAGCAGCCGGCAGCAGCAGCGGCAGCAGGCGCAGCAGCAGGCGCAGCAGGCGCAGCAGGCGCAGCAGGCGCAGCGGCAGCGGCGGCAGCAGCAAGAGCACCGGGGUGCAUCUGCAACCAGUGACAACGUGACGCAACCCGACCAGCACCAGCACCCGCACCAACCGCACCAGCACCAGCACUACAAGCUACAGGCCCCGGCGGUGCAGACGCCCCAGGACCCCAACCAACCCAACCAAUCCAACCAACCCAACCAACCCAACCAACCCAACCGACCCAGCCAGCCGGACCAAUCCAACCAGCAGGACCAAACGCCUAUCGCCAAGGCCGGCGGGCGCCUGCCCCCACCUCCACACCCACCCACGCCCCCGCCUCUGCCUCCGCCUCUGCCUCUGCAGUUGGACGGGCGCUAUUCCAGCCAUAUGGCUAACGCGGCUGCAAAGACCGGGCAGGUGGGUGUGCUGCGGCUGCUGCAGGAGCGUGGCUUCGAGCUUUCGGCGCAGCACCUGGAGGAGGCGCUGGCGUUCACGUCCUCGGACUUCAACAGUCCCACGGAGACGGAGGGCCAGGGCCUACCCUCAGUGCGCUACCUGUCCACCCUAGAGCUACCCGACAACGCCCUUGUGGGCGGGCUGGGACCGCUGGCGGGAGGCGGCAUCGGUGGCGUCGACGGCGGCGGCGGCGUCCGUGGUGGUGGCGGCGGCGGGGGCGGCGGGGGCGCGCUGGUGGGGGCUGUGGACUGGAGCGGUGUGUUUCGUGACGUGGCGGCGUGUGGCAGCGACCUGCAGCUGCUGCGACACCUGCACCACCGGCGCGGCGCCGUGGUGAGCCUGGCGGCAGUGGCUCAGGGCGGCGGCGAGGAUGCCCUGGAGUGGGCGCUGCGGCAGCUGCCGGGGGCGGCGGCGGGGCUGCUGCCAACGCCGCUGUCCUCCCGCGACUUCACCACGGUCCUCAGCGCCGGCAACUGGGCCGCCGCCGACUGGCUGCUAGCGCGCGGCCUCGCGCCCACCAGACAGGAGCAGCUGCAGCGGCUCUUCGCCGCCUUAGCACCGGACAUGGGCGAGGCAGUGCUGGUCUGCGGCAUUCCGGCGCUUCGGUGGAUCGUGGCGCGAUCCGGGCUGCGAUGGACGGCCAAAUGUCGGGCGAUGCUCGUGAAGCUGAGGGUCAAGUUGACGCAGGGCGAGCUGUCUGUGUUUGUGGCGCCAGGGCAGGCGCGCUGGUUGGAGGAGAUGGUGGCGGCGGCGGACGUGGCGCUGCUGGAGCUGGUGGAGGCGCGCGCGACGGAUAUGGAGGCGCGCGACCAGCCGCAGACGCUUGGCGGCGUGGCGUACGGCUGCCCGCUGGGGGUGCUGCAGGUCUACUACGCCCGCUGGGGUGCGGAGGGCGCGGCCGGCAGCCGACACAAGCGGCAGCUGCUGCUGCGUGCCCUGGCCAGCCCCACGCCCGACUGGGCCGCAAAGUGCGACUGGCUGCUGCUCCAGUGGGCGGCGGUGACGGGGUGGCCGGGGGCCGAGGAGCGGGAGCUGGGCGGCGGCACGUUCGAGGGCUGGAUGCACGCCGCCUGGCAGCCCGACUACCUACAGCGGCUGCUGCUGCUGGCGGGGCACGGCUUCGGGCUGUGCCUCAACGCUGCAGAGGCCGCCGCCGCGGCAGGCAACGUGCCCGCCGCCGCGUACUGUCUGGACCAGCAGAGCAGCCGGCAGCAGCAGCGGCAGCCGCGGCAGCAGCAGCAGGCGCAGCAGGCGCAGCAGGCGCAGCCGCAGGUGCAGCCGCAGGUGCAGCCGCAGGCGCAGCAGGCGCAGCAGGCGCAGCAGGCGCAGCAGGCGCAGCGGCAGCGGCGGCAGCAGCAAGAGCACCGGGGUACAUCUGCAACCAGUGACAACGUGCCGCAACCCGACCAGCACCAGCACCCGCACCAACCGCAUCAGCACCAGCACUACAAGCUACAGGCCCCGGUGGCGCAGACGCCCCAGGACCCCAACCAACCCAACCGACCCAACCAGCCGGACCAAUCCAACCAGCAGGACCAAACGCCUAUCGCCAAGGCCGGCGGGCGCCUGGCCCCACCUCCACACCCACCCACGCCCCCGCCCCCGCCUCCGCCUCCGCCUCUGCCCCUGCAGUUGGACGGGCGCUAUUCCAGCCAUAUGGCUAACGCGGCUGCAAAGACCGGGCAGGUGGGUGUGCUGCGGCUGCUGCGGGAGCGCGGCUUCGAGCUGUCGGCGCAGCACCUGGAGGAGGCGCUGGCGUUCACGUCCUCAGACUUCAACAGUCCCACGGAGACGGAGGGCCAGGGCCUGCCCUCGGUGCGCUACCUGGCCACCCUAGAGCUACCCGACAACGCCCUUGUGGGCGGGCUGGGACCGUUGGCGGGCGGCGGCAUCGGUGGCGCCGAACGCGGCGGGGGCGUCCGUGGUGGUGGCGGGGGCGGGGGCGGCGGGGGCGCGCUGGUGGGGGCUGUGGACUGGAGCGGUGUGUUUCGUGACGUGGCGGCGUGUGGCAGCGACCUGCAGCUGCUGCGACACCUGCACCACCGGCGUGGCGCCGUGGUGAGCCUGGCGGCGGUGGCUCAGGGCGGCGGUGUGGAGGCGCUGGAGUGGGCGCUGCGGCAGCUGCCGGGGGCGGCGGCGGGGCUGCUGCCAGAGCCGCUGUCCUCCCGCGACUUCACCACGGUCCUCAGCGCCGGCAACUGGGCCGCCGCCGACUGGCUGCUAGCGCGCGGCCUCGCGCCCACCAGACAGGAGCAGCUGCAGCGGCUCUUCGCCGCCUUAGCACCGGACAUGGGCGAGGCAGUGCUGGUCUGCGGCAUUCCGGCGCUUCGGUGGAUCGUGGCGCGAUCCGGGCUGCGAUGGACGGCCAAAUGUCGGGCGAUGCUCGUGAAGCUGAGGGUCAAGUUGACGCAGGGCGAGCUGUCUGUGUUUGUGGCGCCAGGGCAGGCGCGCUGGUUGGAGGAGAUGGUGGCGGCGGCGGACGUGGCGCUGCUGGCGAGUGGACGCGGGCGGGCGGGUGCUGGGGGUGCGGGUGGGGGUGCGGGUGGGGAUGCGGGUGUGGUGGCGGGUGCGGGUGCGGUGGCGGGGGCGACGGGAGCGGCGGACGGCUGAGGGUGUAGGGCGUGAGGUUGGAAUGGCAACGGCGUGGUGAGGAAGGGGAUGGAGGACACAGGGGGAAAGCGCUGGCUAAGCCGACACUGUGCGUGCAUGUGUGCGACUGAGUGCGUGUGUGACACGAUCAUGCAACCUCGGACCCCCGGUGCGCCGCGAUUGGAUUGGUACGGCCCGGCGUAAGUGUGUUGUGGUGUGUAUCGUGUACGGUGCCCUGGAGCUUCUUGGCACUGCUAACAUGAUUUGGUGCUGGACAACCCGGGUUCACUUCAGUUUGGGGCACCGUCCCAAAACUGGACAACCUUUGGACCCGUGUUUAGACGUGGUAGUACAGUCCGACGUGGAAACCAACCUUACCUACCCCGCCUGUCGUGUCAGAUUCACCGUCCGACUGUACUACCACUGCCGUACGGCCCUUCCCGUGCGGGGGGUCAUGGGGGUGGGCCGGGGGGGUUUCACGACGCCAAACUGGUCUCCCCUGAGUCCCCCACGCUCUCAGCCCCUCCGUACAUGUAGUAAUGACUUGCUGGUCAAGUGGGAGGGCGGUCCACGCUCGCCUGAGGUCGAAAUGGGCGGGUUUUGGCCCGCCAGCCAUGCACCCGAUGGGCGCGUGUCGGUCCGAUCGGGCCAAAGUGUGCUGGAGAGAGCAGUAACUCACUCAAUAUGUUAUUUAGAUACCCAAUAUUGCACUGGAAUGUACCCCGGGACAAAAUGCGAGGCUCUGCCGACCAGCAAUUUCGCGACCGGAGUCCCUCACACCGCCACAUUUUCAAUGCUAUAUCAUUGCCGUGUCUAUUAUUGACUAUACGGAGCACUUUGCACGGCUUUUCAAGGGCUAAACGCUGCCCUUCGUGCACGUUGUCGCGGCAUGUCGCUGCAUUUUGCGAGCUCGGCGAGCGGACAGGCCGCUCCAGGGACUAAAACAGCAAGUCAUAACAUAUAAACGUCAUGUAUAAGCAUUAGACGAGGUUUGGUCUUUGGACGGUGCGGCGUGUAUGGGCACGCCCCCGAGUGAACCCGGGUUGGUGCUGGAUAGGAUUGAUCUUCCUGCGGCGGGCGGGGCUGCGGGGUUGCAGGCCCGAGCGGAAGCACAGGUUCGCGGCUUCGCGUGCUUGCGGCUUGUGGGUAGGAUUGCCGGCGUGUUUGCAGGGGUGUCGGGUCCGGUACCGGUGGUGACGAGUGGCAGUGUGGCACGAAGCGUGGAUGG